AUGGUUGAUGGAAAGAUGUGUCACCCGUCAGACUUCCCGGCAUGGAAACAUUUAAGUGAAUUGUAUACAGAGUUUGCAGAAGAAGUUCGAAAUAUCAGACUAGGCCUGUGUACUGAUGGGUUUCAACCAUUCGGGGCCUUCGGGCAGAAUUAUUCAUCAUGGCCAACAUUCGACGUUCACAGGCGACAAAAUUUCCAAAUGAAAGCGGCACUUAUGUGGACGAUUAAUGAUUUCCCCGCUUAUUCUAUGUUAUCUGGCUGGAGCACAUCUGGAAGACUGGCUUGCCGACACUGCAUGGAAAAUACGGAAGCUUUCACGCUUAAAGGGAGUAGAAAACAGUCGUGGUUUGAUUGCGACAAAAAGUUCUUGCCUCGUGGUCACAUGUACCGUCGUAAUACUACUGAUUUCCGAAAAGGAAAAAGCUUAAAUAAAGAAUUCGGACAGCCAAAAACCGGAGAAGAAUUGUUGGCAGAGGUGGACCGUUUGGGGUUUAUGAAGGCAUAUGAAAUUGGGGCUGAGAUAAAUAAUGCGGCGAAGUCGACAGAUUAUGGCGAUGUAUGCGACAUGGACGGAAAAAAGGCUUUACUUGAGUGGAUUAAGUUGAUAAAGUUUCCAGAUGGUUACGCGUCCAACUUGUCCAGAUGUGUCGAUACAAUCGGUUUGAAAAUGCAUGGAAUGAAAAGUCACGACUGCCACAUUUUUAUGCAAAGACUCCUACCAAUCGCGUUCCGUGAGCUAUUACCGAAGGAAGUAUGGGAGCCCUUAACAGAGCUGAGUAUCUUCUUUCGUGAGUUAACCUCCACGUCUCUAACAGAGAAAGAUCUUGAUCGUAUGAGGCUAGAAAUUCCAAAGAUAUUGUGCAAGCUGGAGCGUAUUUUUCCGCCGAGCUUUUUUGACUCCAUGGAACAUCUUCCCGUACAUCUACCGUAUGCAGCUACGAUGGCAGGUCCAUUUCAAUAUCGCUGGAUGUAUCCAUUUGAAGAUAUUUUGAGAAAACUGAAAAAAAAAGUCGGUAAUAAAGGGAGGGUGGAAGGAAGCAUCAGUAGCGGAUACUUGAAUGAAGAAACCGCAAUAUUUGCAGCUUAUUUCUUUUCAGAAGGUGACCCAAUGAUGCCCGAGCGGCUGCAAAGGAAUGAAGUUUGUGACAUUGAAGUCGACGACGAUGUUGACCAGACUAUCUGUUUUCAAGCCGCAUGGGGAAUCAGGUUUUCGAGGGCGAGUUGCGUAGAGGAAACCCCGAAAUCAGCACCUUACAAAUUGAAGCAAAGUUCGAGAGUGACUUUGCCUACUGGUUCCAACAAUAUUCUCGCUAAAGGACAUCUUAGAUCAGUCAGAACAUUUAAGGGGUAUCGUGUAAACGGAUAUAAGUUUCAGACUCAAGCUUUUGGGGAGGAACAACUUACGAUGAAUAGUGGAGUCUGCGUGAAGGGAACUCAAUAUGUCGAUAGCGAAAAUGAAUUUUAUGGAAUUCUGACCGACAUAAUUGAGUUAGAGUAUCCGGCGCUUCCAAUGAAGACGACUGUCUUAUUUAAAUGCGAGUGGUUCGACCCAGUUCAUAAUUCCGGCACAAUUAGUAACAAAAAAUAUAACAUGGUGGAUAUUAAUAACAGAAAGAGAUACAAUAAGUAUGAACCAUUCAUCUUAGCCGAACAGGCCGACCAAUUUCAUUACCUUCCAUAUCCGAAUAAAAGAAGGGAUAAAUUAAAUUGGUGGGCAGUUUGCAGAAUAAAGGCGCGAUCAGAACUUGACAUGCCCAAGGGGAUUAUCUCGGCCUUUCAAGAUGAGAUAGAAGAAAAUCCUCUCGUUGUUGCAACGGACGAAAAUACGACAUGUUUGGCUGAUCAAAAUGGAGAAGCUGAUGAAGAUGCGUUGUUCGUGCCUCCUGAAGAAGAAACAGAAUUAGAUGAGUUCAUCGCAUCCUCAUCAGACGAAGAUGAAAGCGAAGAACUUUAG